AUGGCGGACUUGCAGGCGAUUGAGAAGUGGUCAUGGGGAGGGAUGGCCUUAGCAUACCUGUACGACUAUCUAGAUGAUUCUGUUAUUCUGAAUAACGGAACGAUGGUUGGGAGUACGACUCUUUUUAUGGGAUGGAUUUUGAAGCAUUUGUCAGGUUCGUACCCAAGGAAGAAAAACAAGGAGUGGACGUCGAAGAGACCAUGUGCUAGGAGAUGGCUUGCUAGCAGAUGGCAUACUGAUGUGCACCAUUACCGCUUACUGCUUGAUCGCUUAGAGGUGGAUGACGUCAGAUUUUCUACUUAUGGUGAUAACAGAGAGAUACGUUCUUUUUCAGCUUAUUGUCACUUACUCGGGAUGGCUGAUGUGCAGGAAGGAGAGGGUGUGCCUACACAUUUGCUGACCACCGUGCUGCAGAACGCUCAGGUGUGGUUCUUCACUACUUGGGGAGAUGCGUGUGAGAGACAAUGGCAUCAUGCGCCUGGCUACAUGGCUUGGUAUGCCAAAGUCUCACACCCUCGUAUUCUACCACCUGGUGAAGGAUCUCCUCCCAGGCCGGCGAACGUGGAGCAGAUCAUAGAGGAGGUGCAUGCCAGGGAGAUUUUUGACAGACUGACGAUCAUCCGGGAUGUGGUGAAUAUAGUUGAUGAUAUUGUGGUCAGGCAAGCCGAGAUGACUAAAGAGGAGAUUUUCCAGGAGGUGAUGCGGAUAGCCGGUACUGGUCGCCCUGCCCUUACGUAUCAGAUUGCCAGACGACGCAGGGGGUCGAGGCAUGCUAGGCAGUAG